GUAUCUACGUAAGCAGAACUAAUUCAAUACAUUGCAUGAAAUAAAGCAUGUCAUUGUUUACGUAUAAUAAGAAUGUGAUAAAAGAAUUAUGUUAACGUUGCUUAUACUAAUUUUUAAACAGUUUACGAAAUUUUGAUCUGAAAUGGCUUUUCGUUUAAGUGUGAAAUUGUUAUCACAGUCUGUAUUUAAAAAUCAAAUUAGAAACACUAGUUUUGUUCGAAUUGUUGAAGUGGGGCCAAGAGAUGGAUUGCAAAAUGAACCGACCAAAGUACCAUCUGAUGUUAAAAUUGAAUUCAUAAAUAAAUUAUCAAAAACUGGACUCAAAACCAUUGAAACUACAAGUUUUGUGAGUCCGAAAUGGAUACCUCAGAUGGGUGACAAUGCUGAAGUCUUUUCAAACAUUAAAAAAGAAAAUGGAGUAACGUAUCCUGUACUCGUACCAAAUGUACAAGGACUGAAAUCCGCUUUGAAAGUUGAUGCAAAAGAAGUAGCUAUAUUUAUAGCAGCCUCUGAAGGUUUCUCAAGAAAAAACACCAAUUGUACAAUUGAAGAAAGUCUAUCUAGAACCACAGAAAUACUAGAAUUAGCAAAGAAAAACAAUGUAAAAGUGCGAGGAUAUAUAUCAUGUGUGGUAGGAUGUCCAUAUGAUGGUAAAAUAGCACCAUCCACUGUUGCCAAACUAACAGAGUUUUUACUUAAAAUGGGCUGUUAUGAAAUCUCAUUAGGUGAUACCAUCGGUGUAGGAACUAGGAACUCCAUUGAUAGUAUGUUAAAAGAAGUAUUGAAAGUAACCUCUGCAGAUACUUUGGCUAUACACUGCCAUGAUACUUAUGGACAGGCCAUAUUGAAUGUUUUUACUGCUCUAGAGAAUGGCCUGACUGUGGUGGAUUCUUCAGUAGCUGGUCUAGGCGGGUGUCCUUAUGCUAGAGGAGCUACGGGUAAUCUGGCAACUGAGGAUGUUGUGUAUAUGUUGGAAGGUAUAGGAGUUCACAGUGGUAUAGAUUUGAAAAAAUUGAUUGAAGCUGGUCGAUACAUAAGUGAUUUUAUCAAAAAAACUCCAUCUUCAAAGGUUAACAAUGCUUUGUAUUCCAAGUAUACCUUUAAUUGAAGUCAGAAUUGUUGAUUUAUUUUUAUAUUUUGUACUAUUUUUAUAUUUGUGUACUAUUAUAAUAAAAAGAUAUCAAAAGA